AUGUUUAAGAAAAGAUCCGUCAAGAAGAAUGAAGACGGGGCAGUAUCCAAGCCAAAGCGAAAAUUGGAUGUCGACGAUUUCGAAUCAGACUCCGAUGAUUUACUAGAGAAGAAAAUCAAGAGCUCAUCUCACAGCAUCAAGAAACGUAAGCCGAUGAAUAGCAUUAAAAAGCCUACACGAGACGUGGAACAUGGUCAAACCUCUGAUAAAUCAAAUGCAUUAUCUAAUCCAUCUUUGGAACAGGCCACCACCGACAAAUCCGCUGGCGAAAAAUCGGUAGGACCAAUAAAGCCACCACCUAUCAGCAUUAAGACCACUACCAUCACAGAUUUUCAGCCAGAUGUGUGUAAGGAUUUUCUUCAGACAGGUUAUUGUGGAUAUGGUGAUACGUGUAAGUUUCUUCACAUCAGAGAUGAGCUGAAACAACGCAAGCCAAUAGAAAAAGAGUGGGAAACAGUCACUGUGCAACAGAAAACCGAUAAAUCGAAAGAACAAAUGCCCUAUCGCUGUGUAAUAUGUUCGAAGGACUACAGUCUGCCAGUCAAGACUGAAUGCAACCAUUUAUUCUGCCAAAAGUGUUUUAUGAAUAGAUAUAGGAAUUUGAAAAAACCGAAUUGCUUUAUAUGUGGAAAAGACACGGGAGGUGUGUGUUCGCCUGUUCUGAAAAAAGAGCUAGAGAAGCUUAUUUCAUAA